CGGGGCCGGGGCCGGGGCCGGGGCCGGGGCCGGGCGGUACCGGGCAGCCGCCCGCUCCGCCCCGCGCCCUCACUCGGCGGCGGGAUGGGGCCGCGCUGGGCGCUGCUGGCCGCGCUCCUGCACGCCGCGGGCGGCCGGGAAUAUUCAUUGCCUUACACACCACAGUUUGCACAAUGCAAAGAUCCCAGCACUGAAUUCUAUGAAGAAGGACUUAAUAAAUGUUGCAGCCAGUGCCCCCCAGGUCAAUAUAAGACAGAGAGCUGCAGUCACAAUGUGGACACGAAGUGCAGUCCCUGUAGACCUAACACGUAUACAGCAAUCUGGAAUCGGUCUCCUCAGUGCUUUGCCUGCUCACCACCCUGCAGAAGAGGAUUUGUGCAGAAUCAAACAUGCACUGAGUCACAGGACAGAAUCUGUGUCUGCCCACCCAAUGAGUACUGCAUUUCGAAAAUAUAUGAGUCCUGCAAAAUAUGUAAAGUGCAUAAAAAAUGUGGAAAAGGUUACCGAGUUUCCAGAAGAGGGACAGAUAGCACAGAUACAGAAUGUAAACCUUGUCCUCCUGGCACUUUUUCACGUGAGGAAUCUUACGACACCAGCUGUAUACCACAUACAGUUUGCAAAUCAGUGGCUGUUCCUGGAAACAGCAUGAAUGACACUGUUUGCAGUGACUCAGGAACAGCAGCUGUCACAGUCCCACCUCGCACUACUUUGAAACUGCUCCUGACCCAAAGCUCGGCUUCCAACGAACCUGAAAUACUAACUCGGCCUGUCAUUUUAAACUCUGUACCUGACAUGUCUCACAUCAUCGGAUCUGUAGCAGGACCAUUGUUAUUGGUCGUGAUAAUCGCUAUUUUGGGGUAUUGCUUAGUCGCCAAAAAAAAAGCCCUCCGACUCACUUGCACUCCACCGACUACAGAAGCAGAUUCGCCUCUUUCCCCUAAUGAAAAGCAAUGUGAGAAAAAAGUAAAAAAUACAGGAUCGCAAAACUCCAGCAGUUCUGAACAGGAGGAACAGCGUCUCUUGGAAACUUCUGGGUCCAGCAGUAGCUCCCUGAAUAAUCUAACUGGGUCUGCAAGGAUCAGUGUUACUAGUAACAAGAACAACGAAAAGAAAGAAACGGAAGGAUUUCAGCAGCAACAUUCAGCUGCAGAAGGUUGUAAGCUUCACAGUGGAGACAGGCACAACUCUGCAAGUUCAGACCAUUCUGGUAAUGGAGGAACGCAGGUGAAUGUGACUUGUAUUGUUAAAGUGUGUAGUCCAGACUGCAGUUCCCAGUUCCCAGAACAGACUAGUUCGACGAGCACGGAUUAUGGAAACGCUCCCUAUUAUUCCCCAACAGGGGAAGAAAUUCCCCUUUCAAAAGAAGAAAACCCCUUGAAAAAAGAAACUGAAAUUCAGAUCUCGGUGGAAAAUGAGGACAAUUUACUUCAAGACUUACUUCCAGAAGAAAAGAAGUUUCCUCUGGGUAUUCAAGAAAACCAGCUGAAGGAAGUUACAGAUCGUAUACUGCUGGACUGAUAAAAUUAAUCAAACAAUCCCUUGACUUCUACAGUAAACAUUAUGUUAAAUGUACCAUUCCUACAGGGACUUGACAUUUCAGACAAAUAUGGAUGCUGAUGCUUUUGAGGUUUUUAAUCUUUUUUGUCAGCUUUGAGAGUUGAAGGAUGAUCUUUGCAGUUUAAAAAAAUAUGAAUGCUUUUCCUUUUAAACUGAAUGGCCAGCUCCUCCCUUUCUUCUCUGAUACUUUAGAGAGACCUUUACCAGAAUUGAAAAAAGAACACUUUUCUAACUUAAUGCCAUUGAUUUUUCUGCCGAGACUUCCUGUGAUGAUACUUCAGGUUCAGGUGUGCCACCCGUCAAGAACAUGGGCAUGACCAGCACUUCUAAGAGACCAGAGUUAAACUGCCAUUCAUUCAAUGCUAAGGAAUUAUCCAUUUGAUCUGAGUUUUAAAACUAUUGCAUUCGAUUUCUUAUCCCAUAACUUUAGGGACAUACUUUCCCUCAUCCUCCUGGGUAUUUCUUUUAUUAUUACAGUUUGCUUUUGCUCAUUAUUGGACCAAACUUUUCAACUCAACGUUAAGUAUAUCAAGGAGUGAAAUCUUUUACAGGAGCUUUUUUUACUAGAUUACAACUAUUAUGUCUAAACAAUAGCAUUUCAUUAGCUGUACAUAGUUCAUUUUAUAUUGGAAAAGAAAAUAUAGGCUAAAUCGUUUUUAUCUUGGAGUAGGAAGUUCCUUUUAUUGACAGCUCUAAAGUCUGUCAUCUUUGUGUCCUGGCUGAUUUAAUAUGGUUCCCUGAUUGAUCCUGACCUCAUUUUUGAGGUUAACCAUAAACCCACAAUAUUUUUCCCUACGUUUCAGUAACUACUUGAGAAGAUCCAUGUGAAUAUGUAUGCCAGAUAGCUCACGCCCACUGACCUCAGGAGAAGGCCUGUCUCUUGAUGAUUGCAUAGCAUAAGCUGUAAAAAGUGGAAUUGACUGAAACCUCAGAACUGGAAAAUCCCGUUCUCCUCCAAUUCUUGCUUGACCCUAAAGGUCCAACCACCUCUUACAGAAAGUUAGUAGAGGUUCUCCUUCAAUCAAGUGGGAGUCUCUUGGUUUUGGAAGUAGGUUUUUAGGAUCCCAUUUCCCAUAAUUAUAUUUUAUGUAUGUGACUUAACCGGCAAUUGCGGCGUCUGUAUUCAACCAGAAUUUGCAAUGCGGUGUCUGAAUUACAUUUGAGUGAAGUCAUACACAGGUAUAACUUUUUUCUUUUAUGCCAUAAAAACAUACUGUUGGACUAGGUGGUCAUUGUGCUUCCCUUCCAACUGAACUAUUCUACCUCAAGUGGAACUAAAUGCAGGAGCUAUUUCUGAGGCCUUAGACUGAAAUAGGGUAUUUUGCAAGUUUUAUUCUACAGCUACUGAAGAGAUACAGGUUUUUUAAAUAUAAAUUUUAAACUUCCAGAAAAGCUCAUUAUUUCUGGAACUGAGAACUGCCAAAUACGUCUUUACUUUCUACUAUGAAGAAACCUUUUACAAAUGUCUAUUAUUUUCAGAAAAGACUUUGAAAAUGGGUGCACUGAAACUGCUACAAAACUGAAGGAUUUAGGCAAGAAAAGAACUUAGUUUUAUACAGUGCUUUGCACCUUUUGCACCGUACGGAGCCUUUUCCUGCCUCGUCCCUCAGCUCCCGCUAUUGGGACGGCGUUGAAGAAGCAGUGGAAGAUCUUUUUGAAGACGUUUUUAAAAUGUUAAAAAGGAGGAUCCUGUUAUUGCGGUUGAUUUUCCGGGUUUUCAAGUUACAGAGCUAUGUGACAGAGGAAAAUCCAAGUUUAUGUUGACGUAGGAAAAAUGUGCUUAUGUUUGCAUGUAAAAAGUAGAAAAAAAACCCCAACUGUAUUUUUAUAAUUACGUGUAUCUUCAAGUUUCUUGAACUCUCCAUUAAACAACAUCCUGCUUUUUUA